UGCCGCUGUGAAUGACUGCCCUGAGCCGGAGACGUCACCCUUGGCGAUGACAAAGUCGUUUUUCUACUUACAAUUUCGCCCGAAGGCCCGGAUGUAGCUCUACGUCACACGUCUGACUCAUAACAACAUCCUUCCUUGUGGAAAGCAAAGGUCAUUCUGUAAAUAUCGUGCUUAUAAAUGUUUCCUACCCAAUCUGUAAGAGUUAAUCACAAUGGGCAUGUUUCGGGUUGCUGUUCUGUUGUUCGUACUGUCCUCUGUUGCUUUGGGGCAGCACUACUUGUCCACCGAGGGACAGCACUUCAAACUGAAUGGACAGAGGGUCUUCCUAUCUGGACUUAACAUGGCUUGGUGCCGUCACGGCUAUGAUUUCGGAGGCGGCUCGUACAACUUCGUAAGUCCGGGGGAGUUCUGCCCCCAUCCCCGAGAAGCCUACGAACAGGCCAUCCGGGAUAUUAGGAACAACGGCGGAAACUCACUCCGUGUGUGGCUGCACGUAGACGGGCGGCACACCCCUGUGUUCUCCAGCUGGGGCUCCGUGACGCAAACCGACUCCACCAACCAGCUGAUCAACGACCUAAAGAGUCUGCUGUCAUACGCCAAAGCUCGUAACGUGUUGGUGUUCCUGGUUCUGUGGAACGGCGCUCACCACCAUGACAUGUACUGGAAAAGGCUGCAGAACCUCAUCUGGGACGACCUGAAACUAGACACGUACCUGGAGCAUGCGCUCAAGCCGCUUGCAGGGGCACUCAAGAACCAACGGGCACUCGGAGGCUGGGAGAUCAUGAACGAACCUGAGGGUAGCCUGAAGAUUGAGCACCACUCUGACCCAUGCUACGACACGAUCUUCUUACAAGGCACCGGCGCGGGGUGGGCGCAUUUGGACACAUCAGGACUUCCAACUUGGACGGACGUCCCAAGACAUCGUGUGCUGCGAUUCAUCAACCGUCAGGCGGCUGCCAUCAAGGCAAAAGAUCCGAACCACUUGGUGACAGUUGGCUCAUGGUCAGAACACGGACAGGGUGUCCGGAACCUGUACUCGGACAGCUGUCUGCAGCAGGCAGGGGGGCUCACUUCCGGCGUCCUGGACUUCUACCAGAUCCACACCUACUCUCACAACGGGAACUACGGCAGCCAGGCUCCGUUUGUGGUUACCGAUGCAAGCCACUACCCAGAACUAAGUGGGAAGCCAAUUGUUAUAGGCGAGUUCAGUCAAGCGAGGGGAGCAGGAAUGACCAUCACGGAGCAGUUUAGCCGUGCGUACUCCCAUGGGUUCGCGGGUGCGUGGAGCUGGCACUACUUGGCGGACAGGGCUGACGACACCGCCACUGACGCCUCCGCCACACAGCUCAUAGGGCUCCGAGAGCUGCGCUUCAAGAACGACCAGACAAGGGGCGGUUGUGUCAGGAUCAAUCUGAAUGGUUCCACUAACUAUUGUGAGAAAAAGCCGCCGUGCCGCCAGCUGUACCAAUAUUUUUACGGGUAAAAAAUGAAAAAAAAUCAACCCAUUUUCUUAAUACACAGGAAAAUGUUUAUGAAAACAAUAAUGCAAAUACAAGUCUGAGGACUGAUUACAAAUGUAACAGUAAUAAAGAUAUCUGGUUUUGUUUGAUUUGCCUUUCUUUUGAUGCAGUGGAAGACACAUUUACCCACAAAAUAUAUAUUAAGCUUAUAUAUACACUUCCAUAAGUCCAUCUACCAGAGCCACCUGACACUACUAGAGAUGACUGUGCAUCCCGGGCGUACGGUUUAUUCAAUGUCGAAAUUAAAAUCGCUGAAGUUGAUUAUAAAGUAAUGUCUACAUUAGCGAUCUUCAGAUGUAAUCAUACUUGUAUUACUAAUCAAUGGAAAGAUUCCAGUUUCUGUCUAUAUUUCCACUUAAACAACCCGCUGGUUUCUCUUCCAGGACACGGGCACUAUUUGACAUAACCAAGUCUGAGAAAAAUAAAUUGAUAACGAAGAAACUUUAUUUGAUUUUUUUUUAUAUCUGCAGUUGUCUUUUUGUGUGAGAGUCAAAUAAGGCCAUAUCGAUUUGAUUAUAUGGACUAAUAUGCCUUCAGGGAACCACGUCACUGAUGCGCACUUGCGAAAAAAGGAAAU